AUGUCUGAAUUGGCCAAAGAUAUGAAGAUUUCAAAAGGCAAUAGUUCAAGUUUGGAAAACAAUGCAUCGUAUAAACAGCGCCGAAAAUUUUUUGAAAUGAAGCAGUCGCAAUUGUUACAUUAUAGUUCUGCGACGCUUGGAAGUGGUAAUUUACGAGAGGCGGUAAAACUGCCUAAAAGUGAAGAUCCAAAUGAAUGGAUUGCUGUCAAUAUCUUAGAUUUCUUCAAUCAGAUAAGCAUGUUAUUUGGAACAAUAAGUGAACAUUGUACAGCAGAGUCGUGUCCGAAAAUGUGUGCUGGUUCAAAAUACGAGUAUUCAUGGACCGAUGGACGAAAGACUAUUGCAUGUCCAGCGCCAACUUAUAUUGAUUAUUUGUUAACUUGGGUUCAUGAUCAGUUAGAUGAUGAAUCUGUUUUUUCGACUCAAAUUGGUGUACCAUUCCCACCGAACUUUAUGCAAAUUGCUCAAACAAUAAUGAAGCGCCUGUUUCGAAUCUAUGGACACAUUUACUAUCAACAUAUCGAAACAAUUGAGCAUUUAAACGCGAUAGAACAUCUAAACACGAGCUUCAAACAUUUUAUGUUAUUCGUCCACGAAUUUAAAUUAAUCGAAUCAAAAGAUCUUGCACCAUUGCAAGAAAUAGUUGAUCGACUGGCUCCAGCUCGUGAAAUUAAGAUUUGA